AUGGUGCUGCCAGAUCCAUCGGAUACACAGCAAACCCAUUCCGAUCCCUCUCCGCCCUCGGCUUCACCCCCUGCCACUGCCAUUUUGCCCGCUGCCAUUUCACAUCCUGUCGAACACAGUGAGCAUGCAAACUCAGCCCCACUUGGCGAAGUCAGUGAGAGUGAAACACACGAUGCAGCGGGCGAACACAGUGAGGGUGAGCAAGAUGUUCUUCUCAGCGAUCCUGCUCCGCCCAUCGCUGCCAACGUGCUGGAUGCCCAGCGCAAGGUCCUGCUGAAGACAUCUGGCCACAGGCAACUCCUCGCCUGCCCAUUUGGGCUUUGCAAAUGCAAGGGGCCCCGCCUUGACCGCAAAGCCUGGGUCAAUCAUGUACUACGCGAGCACCCCUACGACGAGCAAGCCACUGAUCUGGUCAAGCAGGUGAUGGAGGCCAAAUUGGUCGCCCAGUGCAACAAGUGUCACCUCUUCUUCGAAGCUGCUGGUAUCAGUCAACACCGCUCCCGAUGUGGUGCCAAUCUGAAGCGAGCGAGCGAGGCGUUGUUUCAUGCGGCUGGACACGACCUGCUUGAGAUUAUGCGUGGCGCUUGGCCCCAACAGUGUGUAGGGUCUCGCGUCAGCGUCUGCGAGCUGCUUAAGCUCGCCCGGCAUCCACUGAUGCAGCGCAGCCGCUACCCAUCCAACGCCACCGAGACCAAGCUGAUGGCUGCCACCCUGAGCCAGCUGUAUUGGUCUGCCGUCCAUUCAGACUAUACCGCUGAAGAGCGAGAGAUGUGCUGGGCUUUGAUUUUGGCCUUGCCUAGCAUGUUGUUGUCUGCUCCCUCGACCGCACUGUCUACGAUUGACCUGCGCAAUAUGUUUCACGAUCGUCUCCGUUGGCUUAAGGCCAAUGGCAAGUUUCGACCCGUGGGCACGGAUUCCAUCUUCAACAAGGUUGUCAACCGCGCUCUGCUCGAGCAACAGCAGCCCCAUAUUGCCCACUUGCUACAGGCCAGUCCAGAGCUGGCUGUCGGAGUCAAGGACGGCAUUUCAGCUGCGGUUGGCAUGGCCUUUGGUGAGCUUCAAGCCUGUGAGUCUACCCCGGGCUGGACCAUGCUCUCCCUCGAUUUCAAGAGUGCCUUCAACUACACCGACCGAGCACGGCUGCACGAGAUUGUGGCCGACAAGGUCCCUGGCCUCUUGCGCGCCUUUGAACGACACUAUGCUCGACCCACUACCCACUGCAUUGUCGACAAGUUCUUCAAGGUGAUUGACAUUGAUGUUGGCCAAGGCAUUGUGCAGGGCAACGAGCUAUCGCCCUUCUUCUUUUCCCUGUACUCCUGUGAGGUCCUGGGUCUCCUCGACGCCACCACUGACUACCGCUGCAAGGUCAUCAAAUACCUCGACGACAUUGUACUGAUGGGUCCCGCGGAGGACGUGGCGGCCGACGUGGAGAUUGUCAAGGCUCGUGCAGAGUCUGCUGGGCUUCAUUUGCAGCCCAGUAAGAGCCGCUUCUACAUGCCUCGCCACCAUCCCGCUUCCAUCGCUGCUAUCAAGUCUGUCUUGCCAGAUGCCGUGCGCGAGACGGCCAACACGGGCAUGACGGUCUUGGGAACGCCGAUUGGCCGUCGCGAGUGGAUGAAGAAGCAGCUGAACGACAAGGCAAAGCACAUUGCUGGCAAGCUCAAUGACAUGCUGACGACCGGUGUCUCGCUUCAGGCCCUCCUCACGGCCAUGCAGUACGUGCCUAGCCUCAUCAACCACCUCUACACGCUGCCCCCAAGUCUCACGUCGGGCUUGUCCGAGCUCUUGAACCGUGCUUGCAAGGACACCUUUGUCAAAGCCUUUUUUGCCAAGGUAAACCUGUCUGCACCAGCCGGAGCUGAAGGUCAUGACGUUACGCUGGAACAGCUCCUGGAGGCUCGCAUCUUCACGCGGGCCAACACCGGGGGCUUUGGCCUGCACGACUUGGUUGAGCGCGGUCCGGUGGCUUAUGUCUGCAACAUGGCCAAGCUGGCCACUCGCUACCCUCGG